GGUCUGGGAUGCAUUUAUCAGAGAAUGAGAAACUGUGUGCACGCACUGUGGGACACGUGCCUGUGAGAGUGUGUGUGAGUGUGUGUGAGUGUGUGUGUGUGUGUGUGUGUGUGUUCCUGAAAUCGUUUGCAGGCUGUCUUCUGUCCUCCUCAGCUGGGGCCUCCUCUCUGCCAGAGGGCAGUGUGCUAGAACAAGCUGGAGUAGAGGCCAGAAAACAGAAUUGGUCUCCUUACUUAAGAGGGGAAACACCAAAAGAUUUUGAAUGUACCAGAAAUCCUUCUUUUAGAAGGAAAAGCCAAGCGGGAUGCGUUGCAAAGAGGGAGGCUGAUCCCUGAAAAUACAAUGUGAGGAACAAGGUGUCUGAAAGAAGCCAGGAGAGCAGCACACCCAGGUGUCUUCUGGAGAGUUACUCAGAACGACUCAAUCCUUGUGAAUUAUUCUCAGCCAUGUUCUGUGCAUUCUCUGUGGAUCAAGCGUAGGAGUGGACAGCUGUGUGGCAAUGGGAGAGGAGAAGGCCAUGACACAAAUGCUAAAGGAAUGCAGUCUCAGUGACAAAUUGUGUAUUGUCUGGCACCAGCAGUAUGAAAUCAUCAUCAUCCCAGCCUUUCUGGUUGGUGCCACCCUCAUCAUUCUUGGGGUCAUCCUGUGGCUUUUUAUCAGAGAACAAAGAGCUCAACAACAGUCUCCUGGACUCCAAGGCAUUGCUCCUGUGCCUCCAUUUAGGGGCCAAAACGGGGAAGCAGGAGGACAUGAAGGAAGUGUAUUUGUGCCACUUAAGGAGACAUCAGUGGAAAGCCUUCUACAAACAUCCACACAUGCCCUGGCUAAGCUGCAGAUACCCCGGGAGCAACUCUCUGAAGUUCUGGAGUGGAUCUACAAUGGUAGUUGUGGGGCCAUCUAUCGAACCAAGAUGUACCCUGGGGACCCAGCUAAGUCCAAGGACAUUGUCCUCAAGGUUUUAAAAGAACCAGCCAGGCUCUGUGAGAUACAGGAUUUCUUAGGGCGAAUCCAAUUCUAUCAGCACCUGGGGAAGCACCAAAACCUGGUACAGCUGGAAGGCUGCUGCACAGAAAGGGAGCCGCUCUAUAUGGUGUUGGAGGAUGUCGCCCAGGGGGACCUGCUCAACUUUCUCUGGACCUGUCGCCGGGAUGUGAUGACCAUGGAUGGACUUCUCUAUGAUCUCACUGAAAAACAAAUAUAUCACAUUGGGAAGCAGGUUCUAUUGGCUUUGGAAUUUCUUCAGGAUAAACAUCUGUUCCAUGGGGAUGUGGCAGCCAGAAAUAUUCUGAUCCAAUGUGACCUUACCGCUAAGCUCUGUGGACUGGGCCUGGCUUAUGAAGUUCACACCCAAGGGGCUAUCACCUCUACUCGCACUGUGCCCCUCAAGUGGCUUGCCCCAGAAAGGCUACUGCUGAGACCAGCUGACAUCAGAGGAGACAUCUGGUCCUUUGGUAUCCUGCUUUAUGAGAUGGUGACUCUAGGGGCACCACCAUAUCCUGAAGUCCCUCCUGUCAGCAUUCUACAGCAUCUGCAAAGGGGGAAGAUCAUGAAGAGACCCAGUAGCUGCACCCAAACCAUGUAUAGUCUUAUGAAAUCCUGUUGGCGCUGGAAAGAGGACAAGCGCCCUUCAGUUAGAGAAUUAUGCUCACGCCUAGAAACUGCCUCUCGGACUGCAGAUGACAAAGCUGUGUUGCAGGUACCAGAGUUGGUGGUGCCUGAACUGUAUGCAGCUGUGGCGGGCAUCGGCGUAAAGAGCCUCUCCUACAGCUACAGCGUCCUUUGAAGAACCUGGGGCAAGAAACAUUUAUGCGUGAUCAUAUACCCUUGGAAUUCCUCUAAGGAGAGAGGAUGGACUUUCUAGUGGGACAUAAAGGAAGAAGUGGGACAUGGAGUUGGAUCUCCCCCAUAAAUUUUCCUAGAUAUGUGAAAUGAUGCUGGGUGAGACUCUCCACACCAGAGUAGAGAAAAACAGUUUCAUUUAUGUUGUCCCAAAUCCUAAAGAGUCAGGGUAGAAGUGGUAGAUAAUGUCACUGCAAAGGAGGUUUUAUAAAUCUGAAAAAAAUUUUUUUUUGCAGGGGGGUAUGGCACAAAUAAGCUGGUACAUCCUACCACUGGCUAGUUUCCUCCUGAAACAUGCUUUUAUCUAGACUAUUAUAAGGUCCAGAGAAAUUAGAAUCACAUGAGGAAAUAGAAAGCCCCAAAAGGAAUUGAUGAGAAAGAAAAUUAAAGGUCCUAUUUGCUCAGGGAUAUAGACGUGAACCAAGGUCAUCCUUCAAAGAGAAGGUGGAGGUAAGACAAAGUUCCACAGUAAUGAUCCCUUCAUGCAGGGCUAGAGGAGAACCACAAAGGAAGAUUUCCGAGUUUCCCCUGGGUAGAGGUAAGACAAAGAUGGCCCCCUUUUAUCUAAUGCUGAGGCAAGUGAACUCUGUUUCUGCUAUUUUUAACCAGAAGAUGGAGAGGUCAUUUCAUGAUUAAGAACAUUCAAUAUAUAUUGUUGAUCAGGCUUGCUUCCUGAUCCUUAUAAGAUUAAGGAGACUGAGCCUAGAGUCAGUUAGAAACAUCAAUGAUAUACUGUGUGUAAUAAAUAUGAAAGGUGGAAACCAAGUAAGAAUACUUAGUAGGCCAGAUCUUUAUCAAGGCCUCACAAAGUAUAUCCAAGACAGAAGGAUAAUAGCUUCUGAUUUCAAUUAUCCAUUGACUCUGUGAAACUUAUUCCAUUAAAUUAAUAUUUAUUGAGUCAAAGUAGGCUCUUCAGAUAUACAACUGCCAGAAUCUCUAUAGUAGGAAGGAUAAAAGUGAAUGAAAGAUAGAAAAAUUAAAUAAUCUACAUUGUCUGAAAAAGGAUGAAAUGGGUAUAAUACUUACUUCACAGGGUUGUUGUGAGGACUGAAGGAGAAUAAGUAUUUAUAUGAUACCUGGCACAUAAUGUAUGCUCAAUAAAUGCUAGUUUCCGUUCUUUCCCCUUCUUAUUCUAGAAUCUUUCCUAUCUUUUUCUUUUAAAAUCUACUGUAGCCAAGAAGAAAACCUUGGUCAUCAGUCAUGCUGAUGUAGGACAUGUGGUCAACUACCACAUGACUAAAAUGUUGAAGUCAUCAUUUUUGUGUGUACUUCUGGGUGAUGAUAGUAAUCUCCUACUACUGCAAAAUAAUGAAAACAUCACGAUGAUAAUAAUUCAGUUGAACAUGUGAUCUGUGAUUUUAAAGAAUGCUCACUCUGGGUACUCUGGAAAGGACAUCUAAGGCUGGUGUAGGAAAGAUGACUGGCUGUCGAAAACUUUGUAGAAGUGAGAAUCCUGAUGGAGUCAUGAUGAAUCAUCAAACUAAAUAAUGAUUCGUGCAUAUGUAGGAAUACCACAAUGACUAGUCAGAAAUUAAAUUAAGUGGCAGUAGAGAGAAGGAAGGUUGAGUGGCUUGGUACUAAAUAAUCAAGUCAUGAAAACUCA